UUUUACUUCUUGAUCUUGAGCAGUCUUGUUAAGGGAAUUGAUUCCCAAGCUGACAUGAUAUAGAUUUGUGCCUACUUUUUAUUCUGUUAGGCACAGGGUCUCUGGUCUAAUGCCUAAGUCUUUGAUCCACUUAGAGUUGCUAACUCCCAUAUUUCUUAAGCAGAUUUGUUUUUAAUACUUUUAGCUUCAUGUUCAUGGGUUUUCUUAUACAACUCACUGAAUUUUAAUUGUCCUCUCUGAGGUCUAGAGUUCAUCAGAUGCGUCCCCGAUUUCUAGAGCAUGCUGAGAUCACCCAGAUCUGAGAUGAGGUGAGAUAGAUAGCCUCACAUAUUAUUUGGAAUCUUUUUGCAUCUGUUUUCCAGUAGUUGUCUUCUGCUCUGGCUCAAGGAAUUCCAAAGCUUCCAUUUCCACUGGCUGGAUAUGUCCUGGCAAGGCAGGCUCCAGGGUCAAGGGUGGAUAUUGUAAUGGUCCUGGAAGGAUUUUCACAAUGGAGGGUGGCCUGGUUCAGGGGCUAGUUGGGUCCACAGAUCACAAACAUAAGUGUGUGCAUUCAGAGCCAGAGAAAAAUCAUAUAGAUGUUUUCUGAACACCCCUACAAAAGCCUGACUUGGGAACAGGUUCUUUACCUUUAUCUACUUAGUCACCCAUGAGUCUUUUCUCCAUUCUUGUGUUACAGACAAAGAAAUAGAGGCUCAGGGAGAUGAAAUAACAUUCCCAGAAUCCCUAGUAUGGGACUUUAGUUCAAGAAAAUUGGAUAAUGAGACUUGUGCUUCCCCUGCCAUAUCAUGCUGAUUCUUACAGAUCAAUAGUUUUAUUUAGUUUUGGACAUUUUAAUUUUUUAUUUUGGAACAAUUUCAGACUUCCAAAGAAGUUGCAAAAAUAACAUACAGCCUUGUCCUAUAUCCUUCAUGUCCCCAAAUGUUAACAUUUUAAAAUCACAGUACAAUGAUGAAAACUAAGAAGUUAACAAAUGACAACAUAUUAACUAUUUUACAGCUUUCAUUCACAUUUUAUCAAUUAUCCUAUGAUCAUUCUUUUUUUGGAGAAUCCUGUUCAAGUCUCGCAUUAAUAAAUGUUUUAAAACUAGGAUGUUCAUUUGGGCUUCUGGGUGCAGGAAAAUUUAGGGCUCUGUAGGAUUUAUUUCUUAAUGUGGCCCACAUAUUAUUCUUCCCUCAUAGGGAGGGUAGGAUUAUGUCACAAAACUCCAUUGGGGAUGGCAAGAGUCAGUGCCAGCGCCUGCAAGUACAGUUAGACUCAAUAGGCAGAAAUCUGUGACAACUGCAUGGCAAGGAAAACCUGUCUUUAGAGGAAGCACUCAGAAUAGUUGAUGGCUUGGUAAGACUCUGGAAACCCAAGGCAAGCCGUCUUUCAGGAAAGGCUGUUGGUGAGAUCCACCUUGGAAGAGCAAGAGAAUUGCAAGACGCUGUGUACCCUCACCUGUGCCAAUUGAGAGGAGGUUUCUGAGGCUGAAAAAUGGGCCUCAGAGCCUGGAGGACUCCCCUGCUGUUGCUGGUUGGCGUGGUGCUGGUAGCUGUACUCGGUCACUUUGAAAGGUGGGAGGGCUUCCAGAAUGUGUCCAUGAGCAAGAACAAUAGGAACUCAACACUCAGCUUCUUCAUUGAUUCCUACAACAACGCCAGCAACGAUACCUACCUAUUUCGAGUACGGAAGCUAAUUCGAAGUCAGAUGCAGCUGACAACAGGAGUGGAGUAUUUGCUUACUGUGAAGAUCAGCAGGACCAAAUGCAAAAGGAAUGAAACAAAAACUACUGACUGCCCCCUGCAAAAAAAGAAGCUGAAAAAGAGAGGCCUGGGGGAGAAAAGGAGAUGGAGGAAAAGAGGAAAAGCUGGUGAAAUCAUUGUGCAAAGGUCAGAAGCAUCCUGCCAUGCAAAUCUAAUGCCAUGGGGGGCAAACCGGGUGCCACUCACAGGCCUGCUGCUCUCGCCAUCUAAUUCAAUCAUCAUGACAACCUAUGAAAUGGCUUUCCAAGGAAAUUUCCUCCAUGAUGCAAAUGAGGAACCUCCAAAAGCAACCUCUGUCUCGAUUCUAACACCCUGCCUUGGUUGAGAUAACUGAUUAAAUUUUUGGAGAUGAUUUAUGCAGUAUGUAUUCUCUUGUUUUUUGGUUUCUUUCAUUCAAUAUAUAUUUUGCAGGUGUUUGUACUUAUAGUUCACUUUUAUUAUGGAGUAGAAUUCCAUUACACAAACAAAUCACAGUUUAUUUUCUGAUAAUGAAUUUUCGAGUAGUUUUAAACUUAUAAGAAUAAUAGCUACUUGCAAUAAACAUACAUGUAUGUAUGUAUGGUGGACAUGUAUACUUGUUUCUGUUAGUAUGUGCCUAUAAGUUGAACUGGUUAUUACGAGGAUGCGCAUGUAUUCAGCCUUUAACAGUUUUUGCUCAAUACCUGUUUGUAAAGUUUUUUCCUUGAUUGCCUUUUUAAUAUUACUAAGUGGUUGAUUUAA